AUGCCCCUCUGGCAAAGGGGACACACGCAUACUUUUAUCACAGCUCAUUACAGCUAUGCUAUUACUUGGAUUGCUGUAGCAUCCAUUUUUCUCUACAUCCCCGGAGGCCUACGCUACAUUGAUGCUCUCCUCCUCGCCUCGGGAGCUGCCACGCAGAGCGGGCAGAACCCCGUGGACUUGAACAGUUUGGGUAUCUGGCAACAGGUGAUACUGUGGAUGGUGGCGAUGGUCACGAAUGUGGUUUUCGUGAAUUCCUUGCUUGUGUUGGUGCGGUUGUCGUGGUUUCGGAGGAGGCUGAGAACUGUAGCUGGGGAGGUUAAGGCUGUUGUUCGGGGAAGGGAUAGGGGUGGGUAUAGAGCCUACGGGACAAUUACGAAAAGUAAUACGCCAGACGGAAGAAUUGCGAUACAAGAGGCAAAUGUAUAUGGCGGCGAGAGCGAACCCCAACCCAUCAAUCAUAUCGCCGCCAGCUCUGCAAGGCCGCGUAUCACCUUUGACGUCGCAGCAUCUCAGCGAGAGCAAUUGCAUCAAAAAGCAAUCUCGUCUCUACCACCGUUUAUGUGGCAUCCAUCUAUCGCCAGUUACUCGGACUGGGACGAGACGCAGAAGGAUGAACUAGGUGGAACUGAGUAUCGGGCAUUGAAGACGUUAUUCUUCAUCCUCCUGGGAUAUUUUAUCAUCUUUCACGUUCUUGGGGCUGUUUCGCUACUAUGCGUGAUUUCAUAUCGCCCCGCGUAUGGCCAUGUCGUUGAUGAAAUCGGAGCCCCGAAGGCCUGGUGGGCCGUUUUCACGGCAAGUUCGGCGUUUAAUGAUGUGGGAUUCACACUGACACCGAACUCGAUGGCGUCGUUCAACAAAGUCCCGCUGCUUCUUUUGGUCAUGACAUUCUUGAUUGUUGUCGGGAAUACGGGGUUCCCGUGUAUGUUACGGUUGAUCAUUUGGAUGCUGGGAAAGAUUACGGAUGAGACGAGUGGACGGCGUGAAGAGUUGGAAUUUCUUUUGAGACACCCUCGUAGAUGCUUUACGCUCUUGUUUCCUGAACCGGAUACAUGGCGACUGCUAGGGGUUCUAUUGGUGCUGAACGCCGUUGAUUUGGCCAUCUUUCUUCUCCUGGAUAAGCAACCAUCCUACAACCUUCACGACGACAAAGGAUACACCUGGCUCAUCAAUGGGCUAUUCCAGGUCGCAUCUACGCGAACAGCAGGGUUCACAAUUACCUCACUCGCAGACCUCCACCCAGCAGUACAAAUCUCCUUCGUCGUCAUGAUGUACAUCUCCGCAUUCCCCACCACGAUCGCCAUGCGCAAGACAAACGUCUACGAGGAGAAGAGUCUAGCCAUUUACUCAGACGCGGAAUCUGUUCUGACAGAUAACGACCAAGGAGAGCAAAUUAGACGAAACGACCUUUGGUACCAUAUCCAGAAACAGCUCAGUUUUGAUCUGUGGUAUAUCGUCCUGGGGACGUUCCUUAUUGCGCUCGCGGAAAGCGAUCACUUUCCGUUAUUCUCGGUUUUGUUUGAAGUGGUCUCAGCAUACGGCACUGUGGGCUUGUCACUGGGAUACGCAUGGACGGAAUCGAGUCUGUGUUCGCAGUUCCGGGGAGUGUCGAAGAUGGUGAUUUUGGCUAUGCAGGUCCGUGGAAGACAUCGGGGACUGCCGUAUGCGUUGGAUCAUGCUGUUAUGUUGCCGUAUGAGUUGCGGCAGCACGAGGAUGGUGAUGAAGAUGAGGAGGGCGAUGGAUCAGGAUGGAGAAGGUGGAUUCGUCGACGGAGGUCAGAUCUGAGUAGUCUUUUGUCUGUCACAGAUACGGAAGAGAAUGAACGAGAGCCGCUUCUGGCCUGA